CACCACCACCACCACCACCACCACCACCACCACCACCACCCCCGGUGCUCCCCCCGGCCUCGCCUGCUUGACUGCUUGACCGAACACGUCCACGCCCAUACCAAGGACCACCCCCCAAUGGCCACCCUGGUCUUUCUGGGCUUUUUCGCCGUCAGUCGCACUUGCAGGGAUGCUCCUGACCAUCAGGUACGUGCUACUGCGACUCCCGCCGCCUGGGAACAGAGGGCGUGUAUACUACCACCCACCAAGCAACCAGAAGGCACGGAGUACGGAUAUCUGUGUGCAGUGAGAGGUGGGAAAGUGGCUGCUUUUGCUGGCUGCCGUCUGUCACACAUCGCAUGCAUUUCUCACCUUCUGCUCUGCUGCUCUCGCUUUUCUGUCGCCGCUCUGUUCUGCUGCCCACCGCUGACCCUGGUCCUAGUCCUAGUCUUUUCGCUCGUCUCUUUUUGCUGGGGGCGUGGCACGGCACCGUGGGUGUGCUGGGACCAAACCAAACCAGACCAGACCAGCCAGACCAGACCAACCCGAACUGAGAGGUGCCUGGUACCGGUAGCUUUUUCCUCUUCGUUCCCUGUCUCUUCUUGCUGGGAGCGGCGGUGGUGUCGCACACAACCACUACUGGCACUCACCACACACCACACCACACACACUUGGCUACCGGCCCCCCCCCCCAGUCUCCCACGCUCUGCUGAGGUACUUUGUACUGGGCGCGGACUGCGGUGCUCGGAACUCGCUCGCCAUUCAAAACCACUCCGUUCCCUCCGGAGCCGCCCACCAGCUUGUUCUCUCUCCAAUCUUUGUGUGCUCCAAACACCAAAGGCCAACAUCUUCAACAUCCACAGCACAAAAAAGUCGUCUCAAGAGAUAGUCAACUUCCAGUUGCUCUUGUUGCUUCUUUCCUGACACACGACACUUGCAUCCCGAAGCAAGAGCAGGAACAGAAUUCCAACACGGACAGACCCAA